GAGGAAAUGUAAUUUCCUUCGCUAGCUAGAGUUUCUUUAAGAUCAGAACUUUCCCAAAAACGCGAAUAAAUCAUCUGAAAGUUGGUGAACGUUAAACCUGUUCGUUCAAGAUGAUGGAAUUGAACCUGACGCGCUUGGAUUACUUACAGGUCGGUGUCACGUCUCCUAAGACGAUGAAACUGUUAUCUAGUGGUGGAAAACGGAGCGCUCAGAAGAUUGCAAUAGCUGAUCAUGAUGGAGUACUUACUUGUUUUGGGAUGAAAAAACAAACUUCUCAGGUGGUUUUCAAAACACUUCCAGGAUCACCAAUCUCUAAGUUGCAACUUGGUGGCUUGGAUGGUCCUUCGCAGGAGAAGGUGUUUGUGGCAUCUGGGGCUGAAGUGCGUGGCUAUACUAAGAAAGGAAAGCAGUUCUUAGGAUUUGACACCAAUCUGACCGAAAGUAUUCAGUCCAUGUAUGUUAAUGGUGCUGAUCUUUUCCUUUGUGGAAACUACAUUUACAAUCAUUACCGUGACUGCAAAGAUGAAAACUAUUUCUUGUCCGGAGAUAAGAUUACUGAUGUCCUUUGUUUACCAACAAGAAAAAACACAGAUGCGUUAGUCCCUAUUUUGGCCUGUGAAGACAGAGUCUUAAGGGUUUUACAGGAUUCUGAUUUGCUGUAUGAAGUUGAAGUAGCUGGACCACCCAUGGUGCUUGCUCUGCAUGGUGGGAAUGGAGGUUUGUCUGGAGAAGAAGUUUUGUAUGGAACAUCAGAUGGAAAAGUGGGCAUGAUUCAGUUAGGAAGGCAUUCACCAAAUCACAAGUGGGAAAUUCCAAAUGAAAAGCGGAAUGGAGGUGUCUUGGCACUGGAAACUUUUGACAUAACAGCUGAUGGUGUGCCUGAUGUUCUUAUUGGGCGGGAUGAUGGUUUGGUUGAAGUGUAUGGUUUUGAUGAGAUGGAUGAGCCAGUUCACAGAUUUAAACAGGCUUUAAGUGAGAGCAUCACAUCUGUAUGUGGUGGCUGUGUGAAUUCCUCAGGAUAUGAUGAGAUUAUAGCAGCUACUUAUGCUGGUUGGGUGGUAGGUUUUACUACAGAACCUCAACAGAAGGAAGUUGGACCCACUACAACAGCUGCACAGGAACCAAUCAGUGAAGAGGUACAGGCAAAAAUGGAGAAUCUUAGGGUAGAAAUUGACACUCUUCAACAGAAGGUGCUACAGGAACGGGAAAAAUACCAGCUAACUGCACACUCCAUGUCUGCUCUGUCCGCAAUUCCUCAGUUUGCAAUCAAUGAUAAGUUUGCACUGAACAGGGAUGAUGCCAGCUAUACAUUGAGUAUUGAAGUUCAGAUUCCCAUUGACAAUGUCUUGUUACAGAGUGAUGUACCAAUUGAUCUUCUGGAUGUGGACAAGAAUUCUGCAGUGGUCAGUUACAGUGCUUGUGAUAUUGAGAAUGGCAACUUUCUUCUUGCAACUUACAGAUGUCAGGCAAACACAACAAGGCUGGAAUUAAAAAUCAGAUCAAUUGAAGGACAGUAUGGCACUUUGCAGGCAUAUAUCACACCCAGGAUUCAGCCCAAGACCUGCCAAGUGCGACAAUACAGUAUCAAACCACUCUCACUACACCAGAGAACUCAUGUGUUUGACGAGUCCAAGCCAAUGAACUCAUUGAAGUUAAUGGGCCAUUUCAGUUUUGCGGAAGUUCAUUCCUGGGUUUGUUUCUGUCUCCCAGAAGUGCCAGACAGAACUCCUGCUGGAGAGCAAGUGAGCUUUCAUUUCCUGUCGACAUUCCUUGAUACACAGUUAGACUGCCAGUACAAAAAAGGAGAAGCCAUCUUUAAAUCUGACAAUAUCUCAACAAUAUCAAUCCUCAAAGAUGUCCUCACUAAAGAAGCUACUAAACGAAAAAUCAACCUCAAUAUUUCUUAUGAUCUCAAUGAAGAUUCUGUGGUCCACACACUAAACCUUAUACAUCCAAAGUUGGAAUAUCAGCUCUUGCUGGCCAAGAAAGUCCAACUCAUUGAGGGACUAAAGGAACUACAGAUGCAUGAAAGUGAUAUUGGAUUUUUUGCUCCAGAAUACCAAAAAAUUCUUGAUGAUGCAGAAAACCUCCAAGCAGAAUACAAGAAGCAGCCCUGCCACUUGGAAAGACUCUAUGGUAUGAUUACUGAUCUCUACAUAGACAAGUUCAAGUUCAAAGGAAUGAAUGUGAAAAGCAAGGUUCCCAUUCUUCUGGAGGUGCUGGACAAUUAUGAUCUACAAAAUCUUGUGGAAUUCUUUGAAGCAGCAUAAGCGAUCACUCUUCUUUGCUUCUAAGCUUAAAAUCCUGUAAGCACACAUUUCAGAAAUAGGUGUACAACAGAAACAAUCAUCAACUUUCCCACAACUGACUACAUGUACUUCAAGAUUGUAACCUUAGUUCAGAAUGAACCCACUUUAAAUCUCCUAGAUGAUUUAAUGCAUCCUUGAUUGAUUGGUUUCUAUUUCCCUGAUUUGUAUGUUUGUCAAUUUUAUUUCAAGAUUUUUGUUCAUAAAGAGUGAUUGGUCAAUUCUAAUAACAUUCUACUACCAAAUAAUUCUUUUCUUGAUUGUAAUGAUAACUUAGUCCAGGUUUUGCAACAUCAGUCAUUUAGAACCAUCAUUCACCUUAGUUCUUUGAUUUAAGAAGCCACAUCUCAAUCAUUGAACCAUAUAGCUGACUGUACACAAGACUAUUUACUUCCUACAAUUAACUGUGCAAUUUUUUUAAGGUAAUUUAUUUAUUUGUAAUUAUUAUAAAUAGUGAUGCGGUUGGUUUGUAGUCUAACCUGCACAGCUUUAAAAAUAUAUGAUCACUUAUAAAAAUGUUCAUGGAAGUGAUUGUAGUCGGAUAAGUUGUCAACAAUUACCUACCCAAGCGUUUUAAUACGAGGUUUAAUGACAUAAGAAAUGAUGUGCUUCUUAUAUGAAAGUA